AUGAAACUUCUUAAAAGAGAGCAAAUAGAACCUGGACGUAAUAAAAGUCAAAUGCAGAUCUUUGACCAAUGGAACAAAACUUGGUCCUUUCACAAUGCCUGGCCGAAACUUCAAGCAGACACAAACUGCACAAUAAAGAUGGAAGCACCAGAUAACAAAUUAUGGAACUCCAGAUGCAGGCUGGAAGAAAGAGCGGAAAUUAAAAUACUUAAAGGGCCACAUGAGGACCUGGAAAGUUAUCUUCAAGCAAUUGACCAGCUGAGAGACAAUAUUCGCUUCUUCAGCAACAACAAAAGCUUCAAAAGUAGUGAUGGAGUGCUCAAUCAUGCUAAUAGUUUGCUGACCAAGGCUAUUUCAAAGCUCGAAGAGGAGUUUAAGCAGCUCUUGUUAUCUUAUAGUAAACCCAUUGAACCUGAUCGGCUGUUUGAGUGUCUCCCAAAUUCAAUGCGACCACCGUCAUCACCUGGACACCAGGACCCUAGUGGUAAGAGUCAUCUGUCCAAUAGUAAUGCUGAGCAAAAUGGUGCAGAAAACACUGUCUUCACACCGCCAACCCUUAUACCUCCAAGGAUCCUGCCUUUACUACAUGAUUUAGCCCAACAGAUGGUUCAAGCUGGCCACCAACAACAAUUUGUAAAAAUAUACAGGGAUACACGUUCUCCCGUACUGGAAGAAAGUCUUCGCAAUUUGGGAGUGGAAAAACUUAGCAAAGAUGAUGUUCAGAAGAUGCAAUGGGAAGUUCUGGAAGCUAAAAUUGGAAAUUGGAUUCAUUUUAUGCGAAUUGCUGUCAAACUGUUAUUUGCUGGUGAACGUAAGGUGUGUGAUCAAAUUCUUGAAGGAUUUGAUUCACUCAAUGACCAAUGUUUUGCCGAAGUUACUACUGCAAGUGUUGCUGUGUUGCUUAGUUUUGGUGAUGCAAUUGCAAAGAGCAAAAGAUCACCUGAGAAGUUAUUUGUGCUUCUAGAUAUGUAUGAAAUAAUGCGGGAACUUCAUUCAGAGAUUGAAUCACUUUUCAUAGGUAAAGCGUGCAAUGAAAUUAGGGAAUCUGCCUUUGGUUUGACAAAGCAACUUGCCCUGACAGCCCAAGAAACCUUUGGUGAUUUUGAAGAAGCAGUUGAAAAAGAUGCAACCAAAACUGCCGUCUCAGAUGGAACUGUCCAUCCCUUGACCAGCUAUGUGAUUAAUUAUGUGAAGUUCCUGUUUGACUAUCAAUCAACAUUGAAACAACUAUUCCAAGAAUUUGAAAAUGGAGGAGAUUCGAAUUCUCAGCUAGCUGCUGUUACAAUGCGUAUAAUGCAGGCUCUUCAAACCAAUUUGGAUGGAAAAUCUAAGCAGUAUAAGGAUUCUGCUCUGACUCACUUGUUCCUUAUGAACAAUAUUCACUAUAUGGUCAGAUCAGUCCGCAGGUCUGAAGCCAAAGACUUAUUAGGGGAUGACUGGGUGCAAAGACACCGGAGAGUUGUACAGCAACAUGCAAAUCAAUAUAAAAGAAUUGCUUGGGCGAAGAUCCUUCAAUCUCUAUCGAUUCAAGGUCUAACAUCAUCUGGAGGCAGUAGUUCUAGUGGUGUAGAUGGACAAAAUAGCAGUGGAGUUUCAAGAUCCACUGUAAAAGAAAGGUUCAAGAUGUUCAAUGCGCAGUUUGAAGAGCUUCAUCAAAGGCAAUCUCAAUGGGCUGUUCCAGAUACUGAGUUGCGAGAGUCAUUGAGGCUUGCGGUCGCUGAAGUUUUGCUGCCUGCAUACAGAUCUUUCAUUAAACGCUUUGGGCCUUUGGUUGAGAGUGGUAAAAACGCCCAAAAGUACAUCAGAUAUUCAGCUGAAGAUCUUGACCGUAUGCUGGGUGAAUUCUUCGAGGGUAAGACGUUUAAUGAGCCCAAACGGUAAACCACAGCUAUGCUCUAUGCACUAUCCUCUCCUCUGCCGUUGCUGAUACAGUUGCUACAUGAUUGAUUUCCUACAACUAGUUGAUGACAGCCUUCUGGUUCAACUCCGUUCGUUACCGAUAUGUUCAGAAUCUACAAGAUGCAAUAAAAAGUUCUUUUUCUUUUAAAGAGCAUUCUGUAUAGAGCAGUUCAGUAUAUGAUUAUGGAAUCUGUCCCAGUAUUAUAGUUUUGUCACAUCUCUUGUCCAAAAAUGUGGUGCUUGUAUUAAAUAUUGUCUAUAUUUUGUAUGCUUUUGUACAGCAAAACCUUUUGAUGUUUGUUCUUAAAGAGUUAUUUUUUGGUCCUAAA